CUGUUUCUGUCGUUUUUCAUUGGCAUCAUUGCAAUUAUCUUUACAAUAUACUCUGAUCAUUUCAAAGUGAUCACUACGUCUAUACAAUCUCAUCUACCCACCUUCCUCAAAAACCACAACAUCACUAUACCAACACCAUCUAACACAACAACAACCACCAAUACAACCCUCAAAAUGUCCAUCCCCCGCACAAUCCGCACAGUCUUCCACGCCAUCGAGCAAGCCGAAGGCGCGGGCGCCCGCGUCCGCCGCUCAAUCGGCACCUCCAAGCUCCGACACUUCAGCCCCUUCCUCAUGCUCGACCACUUCACAAUCGGCAAAGGCGCCGGGUUCCCAGACCAUCCGCACCGAGGCCAAGAAACAAUCACCUACCUGCUCUCCGGCGGCGUCGACCACGAAGACUUCGCCGGCAACAAGGGCACGAUCGGCCCCGGCGACCUGCAGUUCAUGACAGCCGGCAAGGGCAUCAUGCACGCGGAGAUGCCGCACGAGAACGCCGACGGCAGCCCCAACGUCGGCAUGCAGCUGUGGGUGGACCUGCCGAAGCAGCUGAAGAUGUGCGAACCGCGGUAUCGCGACCUGCGCGCGGCGGAGAUCCCGCGGGCGAGCGUUGAUGGCGGGCGGGUGGAGGUGAAGGUCAUCUCCGGGCAGUCGCAUGGGGUGGAUAGUGUGCGUGACUUGGCGUAUACGCCUGUGUGGUUGCUGGAUGUUACGGUUCGGCCGGGCGGGCGUAUUGCGCAGCCGGUGCCGGUGGGGUGGAAUGCGUUUGCUUAUGUGCUGGGGGGGUCGGCGGUGUUUGGGUCCGGGGAUGAGACGCGGGUGGUGAAGGAGUUUCAUAAUGUUGUUUUUGAGCAGGGGGGCGAGUUUGUGGAGGUGUCGGUGCCGGAGAAUGCGGAUGCGGAGGCGCGGUUUAUUCUUGUUGCUGGCUUGCCGCUGGAUCAGAAGGUUGUGCAGUAUGGGCCGUUUGUGCUGACGAGUCAGGAGGAGGUUUAUCAGGCGAUGAUGGAUUAUCAAACUGCGUCGAAUGGGUUUGAGAAGUCGCGCAAUUGGGAGAGUGAGAUUGGGAAGAGGAUGACUUGAUUGGUUUUAUGUAUCUUGUUUGUUUUGCUUAGAUAGUUGAUAUGUAUACUUAUUCCGGCGUUCUAUAUU